CACGACCAGGGCAUUGGAAUCACCAUUGAUUGUCAAACUUUUCUUCUCUCCAACAAUCAAUUCCACAGUCCAAACUUCUAGUGUAGAGGAAUAAUUGCCUUCUAGUACAUAUUAACAACAUUUGGUGGUCUGUCUAUACUGAGGGAAACUCCUGAAUCCACUUGAGGAACUAUUUUCUUGAGUGUCUCUUGCCAAGAGACGUGAUCCAGGUGGACCAUUUAUAACUGAGGGAAGCUCCUUAAUCCAUUUGAUCACCUCAACCAUUCUUCAGAGUUCUUCACAGGGAACAGUCUCCAGGUUCUUCACAACUAACUUAGCCCAAACACAAUCUACACCCAUUUUGAGUGUAGAGAGUUGAUUUGGAGCAAUUGAGAAGCAUCAAGUUCAUGCCAAAUUUUGGUAGGGGCAAUUGGUGAUAUUUUUGGGAUUUGAGAAGUUAUCAAAGACAAGAUUUGGUGAAGUCCAUUUAUAGCUAAAGUUUGGAGGGCUCAAGUAUAAGAGGCCUUUGCAACACAAGCACUUACACUUGUGAUAAAAGAACACAAACUCUCCUGUUUGUGACUCCAAGACCACCCUUGAAGGUUUAGAUCAUCAUCACCUUUGAUGACUAGAGAAGGCAGCUACUUCUACAACACCGGAUCUUGAGAUCUUUCAAGGAAUAACACUAGUAGAAGACAUGGGAGAGCUUUUUGGGUAUAAAACUCUAGAUACAAAGGAGGUACACAAAAGCUAACUGAUAAGUUGCAAUGGCAAUAAAUAAUGGCGAUUCAAAUGAUGUCAGUGCAGAACGUAGGAAGCUUUAUCUGGCUGUGCUGAAUGGUGAUUGGAAAUUUGUUGAGAACAUGGAUCGUAUUCAAACAAUUAUUACAGAUAAAGGAGCAACCACUCUUCAUAUUGCUGCUGCAGCAAACCAGGAAGACUUUGUGAAGAAUUUAGUGAAAAAAUUAAGCGAAGAAGAACUAGAAGUUGAAAACUAUGCUGAGAACACUGCUUUAUCCUACGCUGCUGCAACUGGAAAUGUGAAUAUUGCCAUGGCAAUGCUGGAGAAAAAUAGUCGCUUGGCAAACCUAGGCAAAGUGAAACCACUCUCUAUGGCUGCUUCGUUAGGACACAGUGAAAUGGUGGAUUAUCUUUAUGAAAAGACUGAAGUUCACAAGUGGGAGGAAGAUGAAAAAGCUAAACUAUUUAUCACUUGUGUUGAGGGUAACUUAUACGGAAUAGCCAUGAAAAUCCUCAAGGACAACAGUGAUCUUGCUAAACCUAGAAAAGAGAACGAAGAGACUGUGUUGCAUGUGUUGGCUCGCAAACCUUCUGCAUUUGUUAGUGAAACUCGACCAUGGUUGAAGUUAAAACAGGAAAACUCGAAGCAAAUUCAAGCCAAGGAACUGUUUGAAGAUUAUCUUCAGGCUUACAGAGUUGAUGCUGGGAAUUCAUCAAUGAUAGAACAUGUUCUAUUUUAUGCAGCAGAAGAAGGCAACAUUGAGUGCGUGAUCAUGCUUAUUCGUUUUGACUUUGAUCUAUUAUGGAAAACAAAAAAUGGAAAAAGCAUUUUUCAUGUUGCGGCUGAGAAGCGCCAUGAAAGCAUAUUCUAUUUACUUAAUGAGAUAGGCUCAAUUGGAGAUAUGAUUAUAGAUAGCAAAACUGAAAAUGCAAACAACAUUUUGCAUUUAGCUGCAGAAUUGGCACCUAAAGAAAAGCUGAAUGCUAUAUCAGGAGCAGCUCUUCAAAUGCAACGAGAAAUGUUAUGGUUCAAGGAGGUGGAAAAGAUUGUACCACCUGUGUUCAAAGAAAUGAAAAAUGGAAACAAGGAAACACCGUAUGUUGUAUUUGCGAGGACACAUGAGGAGUUAAGGACAAAGGGAGAGAGGUGGAUGAUAGACACAGCUAAUUAUUCUAUGGUGGUUGCUACGUUAAUUGGCUCUACAAUGUUUAGUGGCCUAAUAGCUGAUGGAUUAGACCGUAGUUCUAAACAUUAUCUUGCCUUUUCGGUUGCAAGUGCGAUAUCAUUAUUCUCCUCUUCAACAUCCUUAGUAAUGUUCUUAUCCAUCCUUACCUCACGUUAUUCCUACAACGACUUUGUUUUAUGGUUACCUCUUAGGUUGUUGAUUGGAAUCGCGUCACUUUGCAUCUCAAUUGCAGCCAUGAUGGUUGCAUUUUUUAUAUCCUUUAUGUUGGCGAAUCAUAAUGGGAAGGAAUUGCCUGUGAUCUUUGCUGUCAUUGGUUUAUUUGCUAUUGCGCCAAUCAUAUACGGGGUGCUGAAGUGGUACCUAUUUAUUGAUAUAGCCCGAUCUACCUUCUUUCGGUUUAAGCCACGUCAACGUCUACUUUACAAGGAGAUGUCCAACGAACCUGCGAGUCUGGCGAUUGAAUCCGACCACUGUAUAAAUUUGGCGUGUAUAAAAUAAUUAUUAGCAAUGGACAAUCAGGUGCGACUAGACAAUCUUUUAUGUUGCUUUCCUUUGUAUGAACGUGUAAAAUAAUGAAGACGAAUAGAUUUGAACUGUAACGCUGUAUGUUAAUUAAACACAUCUUAUCUUUUGAGUGCAGUUAAUUUAUUAUCAUUAUUAUUA